GGGCCGUGCCGGUGCCCGGGGCCGCACCGCACCGGGCGGGCGGGGGGUCCCGGCGGUGCCAUGGGGCGCGGGGCGGGCGGGGGGCGUCGUGGGGCCGUGGCGCUGCUGUGGCUGGCGGCCGUGCUGUACCAGCUGGGCAGCGGCAGCGUCCUCCGCCGCCGGCUCCACGCCGCCGGGGUCCCGCAGCGGCGGCUGAGCGGCGGCGAGCGGCGGGACGUGCAGCGGGAGAUCCUGGCCGUGCUGGGGCUGCCCGGUCGGCCCCGGCCCCGCGCUCCCGCCCGCGUCCCCGCCGCCGCCGCGCCGCUCUUCAUGCUCGAUCUGUACCACGCCGUGGCCGGCGAGGAGGAGGAGGAGGAGGAGGGCGAGGAAGCGGCGGUGUCGCGCCCGGUGCUCACCGGGCUCAGCACGCAGAGCCCCCCGCCCGGCAGCGUCGUGAGCCGCGCAGACACCGUGGUCAGCCUCGUUAACGUGGUGGAGCAGGACCGGGAUCUGUUCUCCCCCAAGCCCUACUGGAAGGAGUUCAGGUUCGACCUGGCGCAGGUGCCGGCGGGAGAGGCCGUGACGGCCGCCGAGUUCCGCAUCUACAAAUCGCGGGGCGUCCCCAGGCACGCCAACAGCAGCCUCCACGUCAGCAUCUACGAGGUGGCUGCCCAGCAUUCCAACAGGGAAUCUGACCUGUUCCUGCUGGAUGUGCAGGACCUGCGUGCUGGGACAGAGGGCUGGCUGGUGUUUGAUGUCACAGCUGCCAGCAGCCACUGGUCAGUGGAUCAGAAACACAGCCUGGGGCUGCGGCUCUAUGUGGAGACAGAUGAUGGGCACAGCGUUGACCCAGGCUCAGCUGGGCUCCUGGGGCGCCGGGGCCCCCGCUCCAAGCAGCCCUUCAUGGUGACAUUUUUCCGGGCCAGCCCCAGCCCCUCCCGUGUCACACGAGCAGCCAAACCCCAGAGGAGGCGACAACCCAAGAAAUCCAACGACCUCCCCCACCCAAACAAGCUCCCGGGAAUUUUUGAUGAUGUCCACCCCACGGACGGGCGGCAGGUCUGCCGGCGCCACGAGCUCUACGUCAGCUUCCAGGACCUCGGCUGGCUGGACUGGGUGAUUGCUCCACAGGGAUACUCAGCCUAUUACUGCGAGGGGGAGUGUGCAUUCCCACUGGACUCCUGCAUGAACGCCACCAACCACGCCAUCCUGCAGUCCCUGGUCCACCUGAUGAAGCCUGAGGCCGUGCCCAAGGCGUGCUGUGCCCCCACCAAGCUCAGCGCCACCUCUGUCCUCUACUACGACAGCAACAACAACGUCAUCCUCAAAAAGCAUCGGAACAUGGUGGUGAAAUCCUGCGGCUGCCACUGAUGCACAGGUCCCAUUCCCAGCCCUGAGCGUCCCAUUCCUGUCCCUGAGUGUCCCAAACCCAGCCCUGGAUGUCCCAUCCCCACCCCUGGAUGCCUCAUUCCCACCCCUGGAUGUCCCUUUCCCAUCCCUGGAUGUCCC